GUGACAUCCAUCCUCCACCCCUCCAUCAGUCUCACACUAGCAGGGUAACAUCACUGAUCAUCCAGCAUCCAGGAUGUUAGACAACGAGGAGUUCCUGAGGGAGACUUCUCCAGGAGAGCUCACCCAGAACCCGCUCAUUAAGGUCUGGAUGCCCUGCAGCAGGAACGGACACAUAGCUCAGAGACGCGUGUGUAUGACAAACUGCCCGACCCUCAUUGUGACUGUCGGACUUCCAGCUCGAGGGAAGACUUACAUUUCAAAGAAGCUCACGCGCUACUUGAACUGGAUAGGUGUGCCAACCAAAGAGUUCAACGUUGGCCAGUACCGGAGGGAGUGUCUGAAGAUCUACAAGUCCUUUGAGUUCUUCCGUCCAGAUAAUGAAGAGGGGUUAAAAAUCAGACGUCAGUGUGCGUUGGCAGCACUUAAUGAUGUUCGGCAGUACCUGAGUGUCGAAGGAGGACAGGUGGCGGUGUUUGAUGCCACAAAUACAACAAGAGAAAGAAGAGGGACCAUCGUUAAGUUCGCUGAGCAGAAUGGGUUCAAGGUAUUUUUUGUGGAGUCUGUGUGUGAGGACCCAGACGUCAUUGCACAAAAUAUAGUGCAAGUUAAGUUGAGCAGUCCAGACUACAUACACUGCAACACAGAGGAGGCCAUUGAGGACUUCAUGGAGAGGAUCAAGUGUUACGAGUCCUCCUACCAGCCUCUGGACGAGGUUCUGGACAGGGAUUUGUCCUACAUAAAGAUCAUGGACGUGGGCUGUCGUUACCUGGUGAACCGCGUCCUUGACCACAUCCAAAGCCGAAUCGUCUAUUACCUGAUGAACAUCCACAUCACGCCACGCUCCAUCUAUCUGUGUCGCCACGGGGAGAGCGACCUCAACAUCAAGGGAAGGAUCGGAGGAGACUCUGGCUUGUCCGCCAGAGGAAAAGAGUUUGCCAAAAGUCUGGGGAAAUUCAUCCAGGACCAGAACAUCAAAGAUCUAAAAGUGUGGAGCAGCCAGAUGAAGAGGACAAUCCAGACAGCGGAGAGCCUGGGAAGGCCAUACGAACAGUGGAAGUCCCUCAACGAAAUAGAUGCUGGUGUGUGUGAGGAAAUGAUGUACGAGGAGAUCCAAGAGCAUUUCCCUCAGGAGUUUGCACUGAGAGACCAGGACAAGUACCGCUACCGCUAUCCUAAAGGAGAGUCCUAUGAAGACCUGGUGCAGCGACUGGAGCCUGUGAUCAUGGAGUUGGAGAGACAGGAGAAUGUUCUGGUUGUUUGUCACCAGGCUGUCAUGCGUUGUCUUCUUGCAUAUUUCCUGGACAAGACUGCAGAUGAGUUGCCUUAUCUUAAGUGCCCUUUGCACACGGUGUUGAAGUUGACCCCCAUGGCUUACGGAUGUAAAGUGGAGUCGGUGUAUUUAGGCGUGGACUCUGUGAACACACAUAGAGACAGACCAGAGGUAGGUAUCCCAGGCAGUACUCAGAAAUGUCUCUCAGCAGACGACGUAGCCAACUUGAAUCCGCUGCCGGUGUGAUUCCCCUCACAGCGUUUUCCCUCCAGCUCAUCUGUCACCGGAGACUUCAUCGGAUUCGGGAGAAUGCCUCGCAGUAAACACCUCCACUGUAAAAGCUGUGUGUGACUUUCUUUAAUGAUUUCUGGAGAGACACAUUGCAUGUCUUCCAUCGUGUUUAGUCUGCUCCUCCCUCUUGAAGCAAACCAGCAAUCAGUGCUGAUCCGUCCCGCUCUUCACCCAGCAGUGAUCCCCAACAGCAAUCAAGACAACUGUGACAUCACUUACCAUUUACACUCCUACCUCCAUCCUGUCAGCUAUAACGUUCUCUCAUUUAACUUUUGUCUCUCAGUCGGAGCAGCCGGCCCUGAGAGCUCAAUGCACUGCAACAUUAGAAAAGCCCAUGAAAUGAGACUGAACGCUGCAGUGAAGAGAGAAAACACAACCAAAUACAGAAACUCUACAAAUCACACAGAACACAACAGAAAUUAGCUCUAAAAAAAACAGUUAUUGUCACUUAAUAUAAAUAAACUAAUUUACCUUUUUUUUAUCUAAACAUUCUCAUUGCAUGCUUCAGAAUUGUAUUGGUAAACUAGUAAUCAGCAAAAGGCUAACGCUACAUUAACAGCAAAUAUCUGAAUCAUGCAAACCAUGGCAACAAGUAGCGUGUCCCAGGUGUGUUCAUUACUUUUCUGUUGUGUUCUGACUUGCAGCAUCUCUGUAUUUGGUUGUGCUUUCUCACUUUGCAGCUUUUUCCCCUAAAUUCUGCACAUGUGCUGUCAAAUUGGUGAAGAUAUUUUCUUCAUUUGCUUGUGUUUUGUCUAGUUGCAGUGCAUUGAGUUCUCAGGGACCUCGUAUUUCCCUCCGUUUUACAUCUUUUGUAGGAACUACAUAACUGGAAUCCAGUUUUAGGACAAAUCCCUCAGUUGUGUGUGUGUGUGUGUACUGUGUGUCUACAUUUGUGAGGACUAAUUUGACUUGGAUUUUGGGAGUGAGGACAUUUUUUAGGACAUUUGGGCUGGACCUUCAAAGGGCUGUUUGAGGGUUCAGACUUGGUUUUGGUCAAGUUUAGAAUUGGGUUUAAAUUCAGUUUAGGUUAAGGGGGCGAAGGAAAGAGGUUCCUCACAAGUAUAGAAAUACAAACGUAUGUGUGUGUGUGUGUCAGAAUAAAUGGUGAAUGGAGAGAACAUGACAACAAACCAUUAAUAAUGUUUUUAAAUGUGUCUUAAAAUACCAUGUCAUUUUUAUCAUUGUUUUUUUUAAUAAUGAAUGUUGCCCUGAUUUGUAUUAACAUAAAACCUGUUUUUUAUAGUUAUGUAUAUAAGUAACAAAAACAUUUAACCUCAACAUAUGUUUUUGCUGCAUAUGUUGACACAAUCUAAUUUUCAUUACAGUUGUUGCUUUUUUUAAGCUUAACUUUGUCUGUUAAAACUUGUUUUCUGCUUAAAUGUGAAGGGUUAAUCUGUUAAUGCCCACCGACAUUUUAAUCUCUAGACCUCAACUCGAAUCAAGAUGUUUACUGUAAAUUACUAAUAGUGUUAACCGGUUGUUGGAGAACACACAUGCUUGAAUUAUUUCAUUAAAUGUAACUUUUUUCAGAUCUUUUUGUGUUGUGAAGAUAAUUGUAAACAUAAAAAUCUAAAUUGGAAAAACAAAAAAA